AUGCAAAGGUGCUCUACUAAAACAAGACUCAACCCAUUAUGGGCUGCUGCUCUUCUUGUUUCCGCUGCGACCACUACAGGCGCCCUUCGGGCACCUGUGGGCGGCUGGGGGGUACAACAGCAACGGAAGGAGCCAAAUUUGGCAGCUGUGACUGAUCUAGGUGCCUACCCGAAGUACAAAGGCGGGAGGAUCGCUAAUGAGUUAAACUUUAUAUCUUCCUUGCAGGUUGCGUCAGCAAGCGCUCAGCACGCAGAAGAAGACGAGCCCUCAGAAGGAUCUGCAGCAGAAACUGCUGCCUCUCAUGGGGAAAAGGAAAGGCACACAGAAAAGGAAAGCCACAUGGAAGGAGAAGGGACGGAAGAAGAGAAACAUGAAGAAGCUGGUCAACACGUGUCGGGUGGUAGCCAACUAUCAUCAGCUAAGGAACCACGAACUGCUACUGGAGCUCCGUUCCAUGCAGUAGGGGAAACAGAGACAAUAACUGGCACAAGUUCAGAGAAAGAGAAGGAAGAAGGCCUACAUCCUGCAGGAAAGGAGUCAGCAGCAGAGCCUUCUGCAGCCCCUGAGGGAGCACCUGCAGAAGGAAGUGCAGUAGAAGCGGAAAGAGCGGCGAUGCCCGUUCACCAGCACAAGGUAGCAGCAGCCAAACCAGGAGAUAUUGCUGCAGAAGGAGCCAUACAUAAACCAGAGCACACGGGAGAAUCUAGGAAAACGACAGAUGGAGCUGCUGGUUCUGCUCCUGUGCCACAAGCAGACAAGUUUGUGAUGCAAAUGAACUUUAGGCCAUCCUUGGUAAUUGGACGGGCUGAAGCUGACAGGACGGAGCGACAUGUCAUCAGAGACAAUGAGGGGGCACCUUGGUUUGAAGUGACUGGCCCUCAAAGCCUCACAGUGCUCAACCUGAAGCCCGUACAAGGAGAAGAACUCCUACACUCGCUAGUCGCCACCACUAUGCAGUCAUGA